AUGUCGGUCUCCCCUAGUCCAGCACCAUUAGGUGAACGAUUGUGUGACAAUGGUUUUGAAUGUGUUGAGAUUCUCCCUGCCACUGAUGAUGCCCAUGGAGGAGUCAUUAUAGACUUGAAGGAGCCAAUGGACUCUGAAGUUUUUGUUGUUUUGCUUAGAACUUCACUUUCCCAGUGGAAGCAACAGGGGAAAAGCGGUGUUUGGAUCAAGUUACCAAUUGCACUAGUUAAUCUUGUUGAAACUGCAAUUAAGGAGGGUUUCUGGUACCACCAUGCUGAACCAAGCUAUCUCAUGCUAGUUUAUUGGAUUCCUGAAACAGGCUGCACAAUCCCGCCAAAUGCAUCCCACCGUGUAAGGGUCGGCGGUCUUGUCUUAAACAAUAAAAAAGAGGUGCUUGUAGUCCAGGAAAAAAUAGGUAAACUCCAUGGUAUUGGCGUUUGGAAGAUACCAACUGGAAUAGUUGAAGCGGGUGAAGAUCUUUUAGCCGCAGCUGUCAGAGAAGUAAAAGAAGAGACAGGAAUUGAUACAGAAUUUGUGGAAGUACUAGCAUUCAGACAAUCGCACAAUUCACUCUUUGGAAAAUCGGACCUAUUUUUCCUUUGCAAGUUGCGUCCUCUUUCUAGAGACAUCAAAAAGCAAGAUUUGGAAAUUGAGGCUGCUAAGUGGAUGCCAUUUGAGGAAUAUGCUGCUCAACCUUUCACCCAAAAGCACGAGCCUUUCAAGUACGCAUGUGAGUUAUGCUGGGCAAAAAUAGAAAGGUGCUACGCUGGAUUCUCACCACGACUUAUCUCGUCAUAUUUCAAGGAGCAGUUGAGUUAUCUUUAUUUGAAUAGCCAUGACCUGGACAAGACUUCCAAGCCAGAUUAG